AUGGGGUUUCAUCAUAGCAAGUCUUUGUCAAGCUCUACUUGCUUCGAUGCGGUUAUUAGAGCACGGCCCAAAAUGACACCGGAGGACAUUCCUUCAUUACAACUUAUUCCACAUUCCGUGUACGCCUCGUUGUCGCUUCAUGUCUAUGGCAACCCCGAUGCCCCACCAAUUCCGAGUCCGUGGGAAGUCCUUCUUACGGCAACGAAUGUAAACUUGGAUAAAGAAGGGUACUUUGGCAUAGCGUACAUCAAUAAAGAGUUGCGUCACUGCAUUAUCGCCCAGCGGGGAACAACAAAUGCGCUAAGCCUACGAGCAGGUGUUUGGACUUACUUUGGUGAACGAAAUAUUCUGUUUAGCUUGGCGCGGCAGUUUUCAAAACAAGUCCGUUUAUACCUAAGUGUCACACGGGGGGAAACACCAGAGUGGUUUAUCAGUUACACUGGCCACAGCCUGGGCGCCGUUCUUGCGGCAUGUCGUUCCGUAGAAGAACGCACGUACGCCAUCACAUUUGAGUCGCCGGGGUGUAAAACAUUCAUUGAGAAAACAAUGAGCCCAUUGAAAGCGGAGGACGCCAACAUCAUCACUUACCUCCGCUCCCCAAACCCAAUCAACUCCCUUCGGCCCCAGUGUGGGUAUGUCGUGCAGAUACCCUUGGAAUCUGAGCAAAGUAAUUUGUUGCAACCUCGAACAGUGCCUUCCUCCAUACUGCGUCUCCCUUCUAUUCCUUCCCCACAGGAGUUUAUAAGAGGACAAGUACCUCGUGUUGUCGGGAUACCGGACAUACAGCAAUACGUUGGCAAAAUUGAGCCACUUCUUCGUGAAAUGUUGGAACACACGCAGCAGGUGCAUGCCAUGGUAAGCAUUUUUACUCACUUUAAGGACGAUGAUGAACCCUCCAACGAGCAGGUCGUGUUGCGUUGGCCGUCCACUUUGAUGCAAUUUUUGGAAUAUUACAAUGCAAAAAAGGCCUUGGAGGAUCCUGUUAACAGAAAAACGAACCUUAGUGCUGCCUAUGAGUCAUUGAUGCGGGACCUGUACGUCACGGCGGAACGACCCAAGAAUAGCUUGCCUCUUCGAUUCCUUGAUGGGGACUCAAUAAGACUUCUUCGUUUAUGGUGGCAAGAAACACCUACAAGGCUGGCGAAACUGCCGCUCACAUUGAUGGAUCAUAAAGUACUCAACACCAUCACCAUUGAAGAUGAGUGUAUGUGUACCUCUGUUCUUACCGCUUUUCAGGCGAAACAAUAUCUUUCACUUCUUGUUUUCAGGCCUGAGAUACACAAGUUAAUUACUCAGUUGGAGUUCGAUCCUCUACUGGGAAGCCGAAGCAAGCUUUGA